AUGAAAAUGAGUGAAUGUUUGGUCGGAGAGAAGGUUGUUCUUGUGCCAUACUUGAAAGAACAUGUCCCCAAGUAUCAUGAAUGGAUGCAAAAUUCAUACAUUCAAGAAAUGACUGAAUCCGAACCACUGACAUUGGAAGAAGAAUAUGAAAUGCAAAAGGAAUGGACAAGAGAUGCGCGCAAGUGUACCUUUAUUGUUAUUGAGAAGAGUUUAAAUCCAUAUUUUAAUCACCACCACCACCACCACCACCACCACAUUGACCACCACCACCACCACCACCACCACUUGCAAGUUACACAUCAAUGUAACACCAUCAAUACUGAAAGUAGUAGUAAUAAUAAUAAUACACACACUUCUCAUCAUCAACACGUCGACGAUGACUUUACUCCAUUCCUCACGAAUGGCAUGUGUGGAGAUGUCAAUUUAUUUUUACAUGAAUAUUUUGAACCUGAGGAACAUCGUGCUGAAAUUGAAGUCAUGAUUGCUGAAGAAUCUGCACGAAGAAAAGGAAUUGCCACUGAAGCUGUUCAACUCAUGAUGGAGUUUGGUCAUUCUCAAUUACAAUUACAAAUAUUUGAAGCUAAAAUAUUAGAGACUAAUCUUGCAUCGAUUCAUUUAUUUGAAAAUCGAUUGAAAUUUAAAAAAGUGAAAUAUCAACAAGUAUUUCAAGAAUUUGUCUUUGAAUAUCAUUAUCAAAGAAGAGAAGAAAAGAGUACUACUAUGAAUAAUACGAAUAAUAAUCAUAAUACUAGUCAUGAUGAUGAAGAGAAUGGACAUGAAAAUACUACUAGUAGUACAACAACAAGAUCUUUUAUUCAACAACGCAUUCCAUUAUGA